AGCAGGUGCCCUUGCUCUUCCCUGGUAGCAGGUUAGACUUCACCACACCCAGUGGCAGUGGGAGGAGGCAGCACUGGGGUUGAGGAGCCUGCACAUGCAGGAUACAGUUUCUGCAACUGAUUUUCGUGACAUCCUUGUCAGACAAGACAGGAAAAUAGGAAUUGCAGUACUGGAUCUGUGCAAGGUUCAUUGAUCCAGUAUAAUCGAGUGGGAAGAGUACUGAACAGAGAUUCAGAAGACCUGAAUUCUACUCUUGGCUCUGUUGCUGACCUACUAUGUAAUCUAGUCAACCUCAAAGACAGAGACGGGAAACACAUGGAGAAACACACAAGCAAGGCAGCCCAAUACUAAAACGAAGCCCUGACAUCACCAAAUCACCAUUAACAAAGUCAGAACAGCUUCUGAGAAUAGAUGACCAUGAUUUCAGCAUGAGACCAGGUUUUGGAGGUCCUGCAAUUCCUGUGGGAGUAGAUGUACAAGUUGAGAGUUUGGAUAGUAUUUCAGAGGUGGAUAUGGACUUCACCAUGACCCUUUAUCUGAGACACUACUGGAAAGACGAAAGACUGUCCUUCCCAAGCACCAACAACCAAAGCAUGACAUUCGAUGGCAGGCUAGUGAAAAAAAUUUGGGUCCCUGACAUGUUCUUUGUACAUUCCAAGCGCUCCUUUAUCCAUGACACCACCACUGACAAUGUCAUGCUACGGGUCCAGCCAGAUGGGAAAGUACUUUAUAGCCUCAGGGUCACAGUAACUGCAAUGUGCAACAUGGAUUUUAGUCGCUUCCCCCUGGACACACAGACAUGUUCACUAGAAAUUGAAAGUUAUGCCUACACGGAAGAUGAUUUGAUGCUGUACUGGAAGAAUGGGAAUGAUUCCCUAAAAACAGAUGAGAGGAUAUCGCUAUCCCAGUUCCUGAUACAGGAGUUUCAUACCACCACCAAGCUUGCAUUCUACAGCAGUACAGGGUGGUAUAAUCGUCUCUAUAUUAACUUCACUUUACGCCGGCACAUCUUCUUCUUCUUGCUGCAAACCUAUUUCCCUGCCACUUUGAUGGUCAUGCUGUCCUGGGUGUCCUUCUGGAUUGAUCGCAGAGCUGUACCUGCCAGGGUCCCAUUAGGAAUAACUACAGUACUGACCAUGUCAACAAUCAUCACUGGUGUAAACGCUUCCAUGCCUCGGGUUUCCUACAUCAAAGCUGUGGAUAUUUACCUCUGGGUCAGUUUUGUGUUCGUCUUUCUCUCAGUGUUGGAAUAUGCAGCAGUGAACUACCUGACCACAGUGCAAGAGCGGAAGGAAAGAAAACUGCGAGACAAACUUCCUUGUACUUGUGGACUACCUCAGCCUCGGCCCAUGAUGCUGGAUGGCAGCUACAGCGAUGGGGAUGUGCAUGAACUGGGACACUACAUGUCUGAGAAUGGAGAUAAACAAGACAGAAUGAUGGUGCAGCUGACACUUGGUUCCGAAAGGAGUUCAAGCAGGAGGAAAAACCAGAGAUAUGUCAGCAUGCGCAUUGACACCCAUGCCAUUGACAAGUACUCCAGAAUAAUAUUCCCAGGCUCAUACAUUUUAUUUAAUUUGAUAUACUGGUCCAUUUUUUCAUAAGUAUCAAUUAUUUCUCUAGUCAGUUUCUACCUGUUGCACUGUGUUCCUGUUUAAAAUUAACAUCUAUCAUGCUAAUAAACAGAAAAUGAAGGAAACAGUGCUAUUUUGACUGAUCAGAAUUUUGAUACUUUGAUUAUGUAAGAUCCAUCUGUUAUAAAACAUUUCUAUAUUCAUUUAAGCUCUGAACAAAAACUAGGAUCCAUUGCAUAACAUUUUAUACUAAUUUUAAGCUGUACUAUGUUCCUUCAUGGGCCGCUCUAAUUUGUUUUAAUAGAUGGCAAGAAUAAUCAUCACCUCAUAAAUCAUUCCUAGCCUAACAUCCUGAUCUUGCAAAUACUUAAGUAUGUGCAUUAGUUUCUUGAAUUAAGCAGUUCUAUUGAGUCCUGCAUCAAUAUUCACAUGAAGGUGGUUACUUGUGGCUUUCGGAGAGGUAAGUAUUAUAAGCACUGGAAAGUUUAUUGAUGCUUAAAGCUUUCUUCCCUGGUUAAUGCAUGCUUUGAUUAACAUUGUGUUGGAGUAACUGAAAGACAUACUAAUGUCUUGUACAGUUGCCAUGCCCUCUCUUGUUCAUUCCUGAAAGGAAACGCUUUCAGGCUGCUUUGAAUAACCAGCUUUUAGUAUAGCAAACAGGAUAUAUUUACUAAGCAUUUCACCCAAAUCUUUCUAAUUUAAAUGAGAUUUUUUUCCCCAACACAAACACAAUACUCUUUAAAAAGAGGCUUUCAGUAGACUUAGGUAGCUCUAUAGCGCAAUUAGAGACCCAGGCAUGGCUGUUCUGGCCUAGGUCAGCUGACUCAGGCUGACAGGGCUGAGAAACUGAAGUGAAGACAUUCAGGCUUGGGCAGAAGAGGUGUAAGGUGAAAAGGGGGCCCAGCUUCAUGCCCCAGAAGGGGCAGGGCCUAGAGCAAUCAGCCUUUAGCACUGCCAGGACUAUGAUGCUGCCCUCCCCCUGCCAGCCCUCAAUGCUCCCAUGGCAGUGCAAAGCGGCUUGGGGCUGUAAAGUAGCAGUGGUAGUGGCUGGGAGCUCUGAGCCCCUUUGAAAUGCCAAGCCCCUAUGCAAUUUCCUACUUUGUCCCGCUACCGCCAGGCAUGGGCGUGGGCUGAGCCUGGGCUUGGAAACCCCUCAGUGAGAGGGUUUCUGAACCUGGGGCUCCAGCCUCAGCCCAAAUGAUCAUGCUGCAGCUUUAUAGCCCCAUAGCACUGACCCAUGCCCUGCGACUUGGUGCCACAGUGUAGCCACACCCUGAGAAUUUUACCAUUUAAUUCCCCAGAUGAGGAAACAUGCCCCUCUGCCUAUUAAAGAAAAAACAAACCAACUCUUUUCAGGGAGACAGAUGUAUAAACAGAAUGAUUUAAAAAAUCAGUUUUCCUCAGAGAUUCAUACUGUACUAUCCUGCUAUUCCUGGUAAUCAGCAUGCAUUCUACAGACUAACAAAAAAUGUUACAGCUAGGUUGAAUUUGAAAAUCAAGCUGAAGGUACACACCAUCGCACAGGAUAGAAUCAAAAAAGCUCUCAGCAAGAGUGGAGGGCAAUCAGCACCCAGUUAGAUUACCCCCUCAUUUAGGUAAGUAUAGUAUUUCCAUGACAGGUUCCUACAGCACAGAUGGGGUGGAUUUGUCAUGAACAAUUCAUGCCAAAGCAACCUAAUUUCUGUUUUUCAUAGAGCUACUGGCCUAAUGGAUAGGAAGAAGCAGUGGAAGCAAUAUAUCCUGAUUUUUAGAAAGGCUCCUGACUAGGGAUGUAAUAGUGUAGUCGAUGAACCGAUUAACUGA